AUGACCGAGAAUCUGAAACCACCCAAAUUGUCUUUUCCAUUUAAGCCAGACACGCUAGCAGAGAUGAUUAGGGAGCUUUAUAACGCAGGACAUGCCUCCAUAACCAUCAUUUUCCGCCCACAGUUUCAAUUAGUCCUUGGAGACAAAGUGAUAGAUGAUACGAGAAUAUAUAAUGCGACUGAAGAAUACUCAACGCCAAUGAGAUAUGCCUCUCCGCAGAAACAAAAGGCAAAAGAAUCAGUUACAGCGCCCGUAACCCAAAGAGAGGUGAAUGAGCUAAUAACGGCAAUUAUGGACCUAAAAAAAGACUUGUCCGGAAGCAGAAUGCCAUCAUCGAGCAGAUCAGAUGGAACAGGUUCUGAUAUUCUCAGCAACCCCAUGCAUCCUAAUAUGACAUCUACUACGGCGCGUUCGUCUCCUGUAGCCUCACCGUUACCCAAUCCACAGCAAGAAUCUGCGUCUAAAGCAAGGAAAUAUCCUCCACGUGCCUAUCCUUCAAUGCCUUUUCUAGUUGACGAGGAUUAUUAUGAUUUGUGUCGAUUAUUACGUAACGCUGCAAAAGGCACGGUUACUCCACUCACAUUCCGGGCGAUAACCAAUCCCGAAGAUAUCCGAGGACGAUUAAAUAAAGAGUUUGGGAUCUCUCGUAACAGACGGGCUACUUUUAGAAGUCGUCUCAAGGCUACAAUUCGUCUGGGAGAAUUACAGCUGUAUUUAAAGAAUAACCCCAAAACUAUGAGUGUUCAACAAAGUCGAGAUGCUUUGCAAUGUCCGUGGGAUGAGGCGGAGAAACAUAUACAGUACGCAACACAAACCUACAUUCUAUUUCAAGGCUUGGGCCAGGAGGCUUAUUCCAAACUGGAAGAAAAUACUUUGAGCUUUUUAGAAGAUUUAAGUCCUAGCGAACUGACAAUAGUGAUGGACUACGCUAAAGGUGUUGCUAGUGGGAAAUAUAGAUUACCAGAUGGAAUGAGUGAUAUGGAGGAUAGUGACAAAGAUGAAUUUUGA